AAGAUUCAAAAUCAAUCCGAUUCCAAAAGGUCGCAACAUCGAGAAAUCGAUCAAUCUAGCUGAGGUUUGAGGUUCAAUUGAGGAAUAGAUAUGGAGAAAUUGAUGUUGAUGAGAUCCUUGAGCCGGUCAAUUUUGCGCAGAUCUCAAGUGUUUUCAUCCUCCGCCUCCGUCGCCGCCAACCAAAAACUCCGUCACCUCCACUUCUCAUCUCCAUCGGUCCCCGCCUCUUCUCCAAACCAGGAUUUCCGGCAUCCUUUUGCACAACAUCUUGGGGGUAUUCGCUCUUUCAGUUACGAUAUUUCCAACUUUCCUGCUAUCGAGGACCCACAGAUUAAACGUGCCUUUAAAGACUUGAUGGCUACAAACUGGGAUGACCUCUCACCAGCAGUCGUCCAUGACGUGAAGAAGGCAUUAUCCAAGAGUACUGAAGACAAAUCUGCCCAGGAUGCCCUGAGAGAUGUUUUCCGAGCAGCAGAGGCUGUUGAGGAAUUUACAGGGAUCAUCAUGUCUCUGAAAAUGGAACUGGAUGAUGCUAUUGGACUUAGUGGCGAGAACGUGAGACCACUGCCAGAAGACUAUCAGAAGGCAAUUAAGACACUCUUUAGCAGAUAUACUGAGUAUUUGGCUGCGUUUGAGCCGAAAGAGAUCUAUUUGAAGAAGAAAGUUGAGACAGAGUUGGGAUCAAAGAUGAUAUACUUGAAAAUGAGGUGUGGUGGCCUUGAAGCUGACUGGGGAAAGGUUACAGUCCUUGGGACUUCUGGACUCUCUGGUUCUUAUGUUGAGCAACGGGCAUGAACUUCAGAAGACAGGUCAAGGAAUCUCUGCUUUAUGUUUAGAUCCAGUUUGUAGACAGUCUUCGUUGAAAGAGGUAUCUUCUGCCAUUUUUUCUGUUUGUAGUAGCGUGUAUGCUGAAACUUGUCGUACCAUCAAGUUAGUUUAAUAAAAAUUAAGGCAAACUUCUCUGCUC